AUGCAGAGUCAACGACCUCAACCCCAACCCCAACCCCACCCCAACGUCAACGACAACGUCAACGAGUAUGCCAACGACAGAGUCAACGACAUCAACCCCAACGUCAACGUCAACGUCAACCCCAACGACAACGUCAACCCCAACGUCAACGUCAACGACAACGUCAACGGCAACGCCAACGAGUACGCCAACGACAGAGUCAACGACGCCAACCCCAACGUCAACGAGUACACCAACGAGUACGCCAACGUCAACGUCAACGUCAACACCAACGACAAUAUCCACAACAUCAACGACAUUAACGACAUCGUCCUCCACGGCUACGUCCUCCACAGCUACGGUGUGAAGGACACCAAGAGAGUUCACGCAAAGGGAAAAGGGAAGGAAGGACAGGAAUCACUCACUAGGCCGAACGUUUACUUUAUUGUCGAUAAAGCCUUGCUUAUAUAG